AUGGAUCGCUUUAAGUCUAUCUCAAAAUCCGGUUGGCACCCUAAUUCAUCUUCCGAGCCUUCCUAUGCCGGUGCCGCAGAAUCAAAAUCUUCCACAUCCAGUAGUGGUGGUGUCACUUCACGAUUAACAAAGAACUUUAAAGGGCUUGAUCAAGUGGCGGGAUGGGUGGGUAAAGGUGGAUCAGAGAACGACAGCACAGUCAAUGUACGCCCAGUCUCCACACUUCGUGAUCCCGCAAGUUUUGGGCCUCCACCGAAAAGGGUCACAAACACGCCAAUUGCAAGCCAUAGGGAGGAUUACCAGUUGAAUGGUGAAGCUUCUUUACCGACAAAACGACCUCCGCCUGUUCCGCCUCGACUGCCACCACGAGAUGAAUCUGUGCUACCACAACCACGGGACGUAACAGACAUGAGUACCGGUAGCAUAAGCACAUCUGCAGUGGAACGGCUUAGUAAGGCUGGGAUUUCGGUACCUGGAUUUAAUAUGGCCUCGGAUUCAUCAUUGGCUAAGAAACCGCCUCUUCCAAGCGGUCCAAGGCCUUCUGCGAGCACAGGUCUACUUAGAGUAGCCCCUCAAAGCGUACCUACCGAAGGAACAACUUUUGCGGAGAAGCGGGCGGCCGUGACUACAGCCAGUGCAUUCUACAGAAAUCCAGCUUCGGUUUCAUUAACAGAUGCCAGUGCUGCUUUGAGGACUGGGAGAAAUUUCCAGCAACGGCAUGGGGAUCAAGUUGCAUCAGGGUACAAAAAAGCACAAGAUAUGGGAUUAGACAAGAAAAUACAGGGUUACGGAGAGCUUUAUGCUUCAAGGACUGAGAUUGAGAGUGGAAGUUCAGCAGUGUCGAGGAAUUCCAUUCCCUUUUUUCCGCCAGCUUUGCCCGCGAAAAAACAACCUUCCCCUGAGCUCCCUUCUCGGUCUCCAGUUAUACAGGACGUCGUUCAGGAUCUUUCUGGACUCGGAAAGAAAAGACCUCCGCCGCCUCCACCGCCCAAAAAAAAGCCAGCACCCCCGCUACCAAUCAAACGAGCAUCCACUGAUUCGCUUCCUCACAAUGUCACUGCACCGCCCCCAAUAAUCCCACGCGCAACCCGGCCAUCUCACUUAAUAUCAUGCUCUGUGCUCCAAAAUAAUGGUCUCCCAACUCAAAUAUUCCCUGAAUUGCCAAGAGACCUCGAUCUUUGCCUCGAAAAAGCAUGGUUUUCAAAAAGUCCAAUUGAGCUCCCACCAAUUAUAAAGAGUAUAGAUGAAAAAAUGUAUUCAUAUUCCUGUUCAUGGGAACGUAGCCCUUCUGGGAGAACUAAGCAUACUGCUAUAUUGGCUAUACGAUGGACACUCAAUCUUUCUACUACCAAAAUCAAAGUCACUUGGGAUGCUUCCGCACCAAGUGUUACUGCUAAAGCAGAACAAAGACAUUUCUCUCCUCCGUCUUCUCCUCCGCCGUCGAAAGAAUGGGGAGCCCGGAUCAUUGGAUGGGUCAGAUCCAGAAUUGGUCAGCAGGUAGGUAAUGGUGAAUGUUGGACACUCGCUGCCGAUUGUUUUGAUAGUCUUCGAUCGGAGGACGAAGUUGCUGGAGAGCAGAAAAUAAUGUCUGCACAAGGAACAAGUUUUGGUAUCUGCAUAUUUUCCCAUUAUCCUUCUCUGCAAAACCAGCCUUCGGCAUUGCCCGGUACAAGCUUGCAGCCAGGUGAUGUUUUACAAUUCCGUUCUGCUAGAUGGGUUCGGAAGGAUUCUACCGGAAGGAUUAUUUUCGAAAUGCGAGCAGGAGUGCCGGAAGGCGCAAAUGGGUGCAAGGAUCAUACUGCUGUUGUUGAGACUGUACUGUAUGAUCCUCAGGGUGGAAUCAAAGUUGGUGUUUUGCAACAGAAUUCAAAUGGCGUGAAAACAGUUGGGAGGGGAGAAUAUAUACUGGGUACUGAUAUGGUUGAAGGAGGCGUUAGAGUAUUUAGAGCUGUGGCGGAUGAGUGGGCAAAGUUCGAAGCUGUCUGGUGA